CCACCUCAAGCUUAACGACAAAUUCAAUCUCGCCACUCUCUUCGGUGGUUCCGCUCCAGUGAACGAAGCAGAGAAGCAGCGAAGCCGAGCUCCGCUCACGAUGGAGAGCUUAGCCUACUCUUCAUCCAUCUCCUUCGUCUCCUCUUGUUCUCGCAUUUCUCUUUCUCGAAGAUAUCUCUCUUCUUCGUCCUGCAAAUCUCCAAUCUACACAUAUCGACCAAUUGAAGGUCUCAGAUCUUACUCUUCUUUUUCUUCUUCUUCGUCUUCUGUGUCUGCUGUCAUUGGUCCUCAAUCUCGAUUCUCUCUUUUGAGCCCUAAUCCAUUCGAUCCUCUUUUGAAGACGCACAGAACUCAGAAGCUCAUUCAAGCCUCUUCGAGCUCCGGUGAUAAGGUACAGACCGCUGGUUCUGCUCCUCAAGGAGCGAAACACGUCCCCUUGGCGAUCUCGGUGGCCAUUGGAGUGAUUGUUCGUUUCUUCGUUCCUAAACCAGUUGAAGUCACUCCCCAAGCAUGGCAAUUGCUUGCGAUCUUCUUAUCGACGAUAGCGGGACUCGUGCUGAAUCCUCUGCCCGUUGGUGCUUGGGCUUUCCUCGGUCUCACAACCUCGAUUGUUACGAAAACGCUUACUUUUUCGACUGCGUUUUCCGCUUUCACGAGUGAGGUGAUUUGGCUUAUCGUUAUAUCGUUUUUCUUUGCUCGUGGGUUCGUGAAGACGGGGCUUGGGGAUCGAAUUGCGACUUACUUUGUGAAGUGGCUGGGGAAGAGUACUUUGGGGUUGUCUUAUGGGUUGACCAUAAGUGAAGCUCUUAUUGCCCCGGCUAUGCCAAGUACGACUGCGAGAGCUGGGGGUGUGUUCUUGCCAAUUAUUAAGUCGCUGUCGCUUUCUGCUGGUAGCAGACCCGGUGAUCCGUCUUCAAAGAAGCUUGGCUCCUAUCUGGUUCAGUCACAGUUCCAGUCCUCUGCAAACUCAAGUGCUCUUUUCCUAACUGCUGCAGCUCAAAACCUGCUUUGCCUCAAGUUAGCUGAGGAACUUGGGGUCAAAAUUGCCAGCCCGUGGGUUUCCUGGUUCAAGGCUGCUAGUUUGCCUGCAUUUGUUGCUCUUCUAGUUACCCCAUUCAUCCUUUAUAAGCUCUGUCCUCCUGAAACCAAGGACACACCAGACGCCCCUGCUAUGGCUACAAAGAGGCUGGAGCAGAUGGGUCCUGUCACAAGAAAUGAAUGGGUUAUGGUUGGCACGAUGGUUCUUGCCGUCUCAUUAUGGGUCUUCGGGGAGGCUCUUGGCAUAGCAAGUGUUGUCGCUGCAAUGCUUGGUUUAUCCAUACUUCUGUUGUUGGGAGUCCUGGAUUGGGAUGAUUGCUUAAGUGAGAAGUCUGCUUGGGAUACUUUGGCAUGGUUUGCAGUUCUGGUAGGGAUGGCAGGCGAACUGACAAACCUUGGUAUUGUAACAUGGAUGUCCGAUUGUGUGGCCAAAUCCCUUCAGUGUUUGUCAUUGAGCUGGCCAGCCGCAUUUGGUGUUCUCCAGGCUGCUUACUUCUUCAUUCACUACUUAUUUGCAAGUCAGACCGGUCAUGUAGGAGCUUUGUUCUCUGCAUUUCUUGCCAUGCAUUUAGCAUAUGGAGUUCCUGGUGUUUUGGCAGCACUGGCUUUGGCAUACAACACAAAUCUAUUUGGAGCAAUAACUCAUUAUAGCAGUGGUCAGGCAGCAGUGUACUAUGGAGCGGGCUAUGUGGACCUUCCUGAUAUUUUCAAAGUAGGAUUUAUCAUGGCCCUUGUAAAUGCUACCAUCUGGGGAGUUGUUGGAGGUUUCUGGUGGAAAUUUUUGGGCCUCUACUGAGUUACAGUUCUCAUGUAAGUUCAUAUUGAUAUGAUUACUAUGACCUUUUACUUGUUGACAUCAUGUUUUCCUGUUUAGGAUCCUGUUCAUUUUUCAUUAGAAGAAAAUACCUAAAGUGAUUUUUUAACAGUCAACUCGAGUUCCUGGCAACUUCGCACUGAAGUGGUGAUGGGCAUUGGAAUAGAUUACACACCCUUCUAAAACAUUUUUAAGUAGAUUUGUGUUACCUUGUUUUUCAUAUCCAAAUGUAUACUGAAGACCUUAAGAGCAUUGAUGGAAGUAUAAGAUGAUGUUCCAAUCAAGAUUCAGAAACUAUUCUUGCCCAACUCACCUCCCUGUAAUGAUGAUUAUCCUAUUACUUGUUCAACAGUAGUUUGUUAAACAAUAGUUUUGGAAGGCA